AACAUGUUCUCCUGUUGUGUGCCCGUGUCCCGCGGCUGCCGGCUCAGGGGAGCCCAUGGCCGCGACGCUUCCCGACCCGGGAGACAGUGGGUCAGGUCGUGCACAGGACGCCUCAGGUCUCUAGCUCGCAGGGACCCAAAGAAAUCAACCGAUGAAAUCGGGAAACGAUUGGCGGAAUCCCGAAUCACCUACCCUACAGAGUUGUGCGUGUGCCCCGUCGCCCAGGAGGGCCACCCUGGACCGAGGGAGAGAGUGUCUGCAGGGAGGUCUUGGGAAGGAGAGCCUGGAGAUGACCUGGGAAGGCCUCCUUCACCGCCCCGGCCCCUCCACAGAGUCCUGGUUCACAGGUCCUGGGAUGAGGACCCAGAGCCCCUGGAGCCAGAGCCCGAGGAGUCCGGGGCAGGAGCGGAAACCGGUGCGGCUCCAGAGCCCGACCCAAGGGCAUCGGGGUCCUCGGAGUCUCUGCAGGCAGGGGUGGAGUCUGGGGCGACUCCUGCAGGGGCCGGAGAGCCAGCAGGUGACCUGGUACCUGUGCUGGGACAGCGGGCACCUGAGCAGAGUCAGCUGGUUCCUGCUUCUGUUCCCGACACUGUUCCUGCCACCGCCCUUGUUCCCGCAUGGAUGCGGGCCACAAUUCAAGGGCCCGAAGGCCUUCGAGAGGCAGGCUGGUCGCUCUGCUCCCCUGAGUUCAGGGGGGGCCCUCGGUACGUGGUGGGGUUUCCCAGGAAGAGGGACCCCGAGCCCCAGGACGCCAAGAUGCAGGCCCUCGGAAACCGCCUCUGUCCUUGUUCCUCUGUGGAUGCGUCCAUGCCUGCCCUCAGCACCCUGUCUGCUCCCCGCUGUGUGCACGCACUGGGAUCCCAAAAGCGAGCCCCGGACCCAACCGAGGAGGUGGGUCCAGCUGGGUGCACGGCCGGGGCAGGGGGCCUGGAGGAGACGGUGGACACCAAGUACGGGCAAGGAGAGGAUCGAUACGUGGCCUUCCUGGAGCUGUUCCUGCAGACGGCGGAGAAGCACUUCAUGGUGGGACACAGGGUCACCUACUACGUGUUCACCGACCGGCCGGGGGAUGUGCCCCGCGUGCCCCUCGGGGAAGGGAGGCAGGUGGUGGUCCUGGAGGUCCGGAGCUCGCGCUGGCAGGACGUGUCCAUGCACCGCAUGGAGAUGAUCAGCAACUUCUCCCGGCGGCGCUUCCUCCACGAGGUGGACUAUCUGGUGUGCGCGGACGUGGACAUGAGGUUCCGCGACCACGUGGGCGUGGAGAUCCUGUCCCCGCUCUUCGGCACCCUGCACCCCGGCUUCUACGGGGCGGCCCGCGAGGCCUUCACCUACGAGCGCCGGCCGCAGUCCCAGGCGCACGUCCCCAGGGACGAGGGCGACUUUUACUACGCGGGAGGCUUUUUCGGGGGGUCGGUGGCCGAGGUCCUGCGGCUCACGUCGGCCUGUCACCAGGCCACGGUGGUCGACCGGGCCCCCGGCAUCGAGGCCGUGAGGCACGACGAGAGCCACCUGAACAGGUACCUGCUGGACCACAAGCCCACCAAGGUGCUGUCCCCCGAGUACCUGUGGGACGAACAACUGCUGGGCUGGCCCGCCGUCGUGAAGAAACUGAGGUAUGUGACCGUGCCCAAGAGUCACCGGGUCAUCCGGGACUGA